UUCUCUCCAACAGAUCAGAUUCAGAAGCAAAGAUGCUUAUAGCUGCAAAAGUAAAUGGUGCUACGCCGCUGGUUAUUGCCUGCCGAAAUGGUCACUACAAUAUAGUCGAGUAUUUGCUAAAGCGGCACGCCAAUGUUGAACAAGUAGGAUCAGUGAGUUUCGAUGGAGAACCAAUAGAAGAUGCGCCUCCGCUGUGGUGCGCUGCAGCUGCUGGCCAUUACGGUAUUGUGAAGCUGUUGGUACAUCAUGGCGCUAAUGUAAAUAGUACGACGCGAACAAACUCAACGCCACUGCGAGCAGCUUGUUUUGAUGGACAUUUCGAUAUCGUCAAGUUUCUUGUAAACAAUGGAGCAGACUUUGAGGUUGCAAACCGUCAUGGACAUACAUGUCUAAUGAUCGCAUGCUAUAAGGGACACUACAAAAUCGCGCAGUAUUUACUGUCUCUCAACGCUGAUGUCAAUAGGUGUAGUAUAAAGGGAAAUACGGCAUUGCACGACUGCGCUGAGUCUGGUUCAUUGGAGAUACUGCAAUUGUUGCUAAAGCAUGGAGCGACAAUGGAUGUCGAUUAUUAUGGUAUGACGCCCCUUUUAGCAGCGAGUGUAACUGGGCAUUUGCCAAUUGUAGAGCAUCUUAUUACUUUACCUUGUGUCAGUCAAAAAAGCCGAAUUGACGCUUUGGAACUGUUGGGUGCAACAUAUGUAGAUAAAAAACGUGAUAUGGUCAGUGCUUUGUCUUUGUGGCGACGGGCUAUGGAGGACCGAAACCAGGAGCCGAAAAUUCCUAAAGUUAUCAAUGAGCCUAUUGCUGCAUACGAAUACGUGUCGGAAGUGGCAACAAUAGAAGGACUCGAUGAGCUAGUUCUGGAUCCUGAUGAAAUGCGGAUGCAGGCUCUGGUUAUACGACAAAGGAUUUUGGGACCCACGCAUCCCGACACCAGCUAUUACAUUCGAUUCAGAGGUGCGCAUUAUGCGGAUGCAGGACGCUUUGAUCGUUGCAUUGAAUUGUGGACGUAUGCUUUGACGAUGCAGCAGAAAAUUCUUCAGCCUCUUAGUCCUAUGACUCAAUCGUCCUUAUUAUCUUUUGCUGAACUAUUUAGUUUUAUGUUGGUUGAAGCUGGCCGUUUGUUACCCCGUGGCCGGAUUGUACCUCCAAUUGCAGCUGCAGAUAUGUUGAUGAUAUUCAAUAAAGCUGUUUUAGAGGUGGAACGAGGCCUUGAAUGGACUUUAGAACAUGAAAAAAAUCCCGCUGCACUAUCUUCUAUACAUGAUUGUAAUCAUGAUCCGAAUGCAUUAAGUCGCGCUUUAGUAAGUGCUUUACAUAUAGGAUGUUUAUUGGCAUCACUUGAAGAAGACGGAAACUUCUGUCCAAAUAUGCGGAAAGAAAUCUUAUAUUCAUUAUAUAAGCUAAAUCGGCUAAAAGUAUGUGUUCGAUCAGGUCGAUCUGCGCUGCACUAUGCAUGCUAUCGAGAAGGAACUCUUGUUGGCCGCUAUCCUGCUUGCAAAUUUCCGUCACCAGCGUUGGCGAAAGCUCUGCUCGAAGUUGGAGCUGACCCGAAUGCCAGAGAUGAUGAUGGAAAUACACCACUCCAUUUGGCAGCAACCGCGCAACUAUGCCCAAGAGCGUUAACGAAAGUCCUCCUAAAAUAUGGCGCUCAUUUGGAUGUCAAAAACAAUGCCGGUGAAACAUUCGAAACACUACUGAAACCUGGAAAAAUACACGAAAUUAUAAACCCGUUAAAAUACACAACUUUGGCAUGUUUGGCUUCGCGGACAAUACAAAAGCAUCGAAUUAAAUAUCUUAACAUCGUACCUCCAUCGCUUUACACAUUUAUUGAAAUGCAUUAAAUGGUGAAUAGUAAGUGCAGCGUCAUAUAAGUAACAUAAGACAACUGUCCAGCGCAGGGCAAAACAGGCAAAUGAUCGCAGCUAUGAAUAUCAUUGUGAUUAAUGCGCGUUUAAAUGUUUUUUUGAGUUGUAUUUUUGUGUAUAUUUUAAAAAUUUGCGCACGGAGUUAUUUAAAUUGUUUAAGCUAACAUUGAAGCCGUUCUUUAUAUGUGUGGCAUUUGCAUUGACUAAUAUUAUUUGAAACAACCCGCAACGCCUAAAAUGCGUUAAACAUUUAAUUAUACUGCGUAAGAGAAUAAAAAGUAGCGAAACCUGGAAAGCCGUAUCGUAUAGUACAUGGUUUGAAACUUGUCAAGCAAUGGAAACUGCAUACUCGAAAUUUCAUGACUUGGUUCGUGGCAGUCGUGAACGAGCAGGUCGCCACGUACGUGUAAAAAUGGAUAUUUAUAAAAGACUUGAACGCCCUGCUCAUUUCGUAUUUUGGUAUGAUAACAUUCGUGAGCAAAUGAAGAACGUACUCUGUUAUUCGAACGACCAUUCGAGCUCAAAAUUUCAAUCGAAUGCGUGGAAAUUCGGAGUUCAGUAAAACGAUUUCAGGCAAUUGGAGAGAAUUACUAAAUCUAAAUUCCUUAGCCUCUCUAAAUCUCUAACACUCUAAAGAAAAUAAGUUCUUAGUUGCAAAAAAUGGCACACAGUUAAAAAUCGUCCUUAACACAGUCGAGGGAAAAAAUUGUUUAGGUAAACAUUUAAAGGAGUUAACUUUUAUUGUUGACGUGCACUCAAUUAAGGCUGUAAAUCAUAUAAUCACAUUUAAAAAAGUAUGCAUACAUAUGUAUGUAUGCUAUGAGUUCGCAGGAUAUUACACUCUUACACAAGUUUUGCUUUUUUACCUUUUCCAAUUUAAGUGAAAACACUUCAUUUGUUAUAAAAAAAUAAAUAAAUGAAAUUUGGUACAUACACGUGCUUGGCCGAGCUUCUUCCCCAGUUUGUGGUGUGUGUCUUGAUUUUGUCACACCGUUUUUUACCGCCUCAGAAUGACAGAUGGUUUCUAUAAGAAGGGUUUUCCUGGCAGAAGUACACUCGGAAAUUUGCUAUUGCCUGACGAGGGGCAACCGCUAUUCGAUUGCGAUUUUAUUACUCUAUCGGUUGUCUUCGUCUUGCUUUUCAUAUAUCACGUUGCAAUGGUCUCGGUUGCGUUUAAAACGGCUAGAAUGAUGCCGCCGGACUAAGUUUUGAAGCAUUCCUCUGCAGACGAAUCGUUCAUGUUGCCUAUCGUUCGUGAUACAGUAUAAGGCUGAUAGUUCCUAAAAAUAGUGGAGUUAUUCGCAUACAAGCUA